ACGUACGGUACAUAUGAUAAGUCAAACCCUCUUUUCUCUUUUGCGACGACUUGAGACUUGCGACUUGCAACCAUCAUUACUAUACGUACGUAUCGUACGGUAGUACUCGUACCUGUUCGAUGUGAGCACACUACGAGUUUUCGUACGUACGURCCGUACCUUAUGAGGAUAUGACACGAUCGAUAAAAAAAUCUACACGUUUCGAUUUGUUGAAUAUCAAUUCAAAAUGGUGCAUUUCGAGAUUUCUCAAGGUUGGAAUUCUCUMACUCUUUCCACAAUCCACCUGAUGCAACCAAUUAACUUCUCGACCAAGGAAAAUGAAGYUUCGUUCGACUUUCGCUGCUGCUCUCGGCAUAGUCAAUGCUGUGUCGAUGAUUGCGAUGACAAUUUUGAAGAUAGCGACGACGAAUAUUGUUGUAACGAUCGGUGUCCCUGUUGCAAAUGCAAAAAAGGCUCCGGAAUUGUUUGAGACCGCUCUGAAAGUGCACAAAGUGUACUCUGAAUUUCCUCCGCACGACACGGAUCUUUACGACAUCAUCGGCGUCAGUCCCAAYGCAACGCUCGCGGAGAUUUCCAAGAAYUACCGGACACUAUCACGAAAAUAUCAUCCGGACAAAAAGCAACACCGGGGAAAAGAAACACCGAGGCAGUAUGCCGAGGAAAAGCUUCAGCGAAUCCAAAAAGCCUACGAAAUUCUUAGCGACGAUAGCAAACGCCUACCAUAUCACCGGUAUGGUUUGGUGGAUCCCAAUCUCGCUGCGUUUUUGUUGCUCGGGCCGAGAGUUUCUCCCGCCAACUAUUAUCAGCUGCUACAGCAACAACAAAACAGUUAUUCGAGUUCGUCYUCGAAACACACACACAGCAACAGAAAGACCACAACCUUGUUUGACAAGCUCGACCGAGAGUUGUUGCAUUUGAUGGGAUAUGACGAUUAUUCUAUGGAAGCUUUGGCAAUGGCRACAGAAGCAGCGAACAACGGCGACAUUGACGAUCCGUUCAAGGCSUUGGAAGAACAUCGAGUUCGCACGGUAGCUGCCUUGUUGCUCGAGUCCAUUCGACCAGUGGUCGAGGGAAGGCUCGAUGCUAGACUAUACGCCCAGAUGCUGACCCAAGACUGCGAUCGUUGGAAACGACUUCCACUCGGUGCGCAGAUCAUCCGCUCYGUGGGCAGGGCCUACCGCCACGAGGGAAGCGAAUUUUUGCAACGCUACAAGCACACCAAUAAUAAUAAUGACGUGUAUAGUUGGCACACUCAGAGAAGGAGUCAGAAUACCAAACCCUACAACAAACUGACCAGCGGUAAGGAAAUGGUACUCCAACUAAAAACCGAUCUGAAAAUUGGAUUCCGGCGGCGAUGGCGUUCUACGAAAGAUUUCUUAGAGGCAGCUGCCGUGAGUGGUCGCGUCGCCAUAGCAGAGCGUUCCUUCAACCAACAGGAAAAGAAGUUGAUGUUGCAACAACAAGAAAAGCAACAACGAAAGCAAGAAUCUUUGGAAAGAUUGGAGUAUCAUGGAUCACCAAGCAGUGUAGGAAGCUCAAGUAGUUUCUUGCCAAAGAUGGACGAUUACAUUGGGGGCGACGAUAUUGUCGAUGAUUAUGACAGCCUUGAGGAGCUGGAAGAGGAACAGAAGGCCUUGGGAAAGCUCCAAGCCCAGCAAACCUUGCUGCAAACCCUUCAAAUCGAAGCGCUCUGGAAAGUAUGUAAAAUUGACCUAGAUCGCGUCGUUCGUCGGGCAUGUGCCAUGAUCUUAUCAGGAGAAUACUUCUUUUAUCCUUCACACCAGUCGUCCUAUGACACAACCAUUGCGAUCGACAGCAGACAAAUUGGCUGGGUAACAUCUUCCGGAGAAACAAUCGAUUCCGAGAGUGCACGAGUGGCAGCUGCGGAAGUGAUGAAGAUGACCGGCGAGAUCAUGGUACAGCAGAGCAAGGAAGGAACAUCAUGGAAACAAUAAAAGUAAUUGAUACGCUCAUAUCCACCGCCAUGGCCUACUUCAAACCUGUCCUCUUUUGAUGACUCCUUAUGGCAUCGAUGUACAUGCCAACCACUUGUUGAUAUAGAUUCGAUAUGGUUUUUUACGGAUUGGAACUAAUGUUGCCGGUUGCUUGUCUGCUAGCAACAUUCUGGUGUGCUUCGAGUUCUUUCAGCAUUGUUUCAUAUUCGCUUUCGUGUUCUUCUUGUUGAUGUUCUUCUGUGGGAGGAAGUGGAGUUCGAGGUGGUGCCCGCCGCCAUCGUUUAUAAUCCUCUAAAAAUCUUCCGAUUCCUUUGUCGUUCACUUCUUCUCGUAGAUCGUCCCGAUUAAGAACCAAAACAAUCGACAGGAAUACCGGAAAGACACCKAGGAAGAACAGGGGUCGCCAAUWGACGGRGGCCAUUUUGGCGYCGUGGUUCUCUUCCACCAAGGCAGCGGCGUACUUCUUUUUCACGAACGGCUUGCUCCGUCCUUGUUCUUUUCGCCAUUUCCGYUUUUGCGCCGAAGUGGCAAAGGCCCUUCCCGUUUGCAACAACAGCAGGGAUGAUGAACGUAUGUUAGUGAUCGACGAUAAUUGCCGCGGGAUCAUUUUUUAGCAAAACYGCACGGAGUGRGCGGUUGAAUCAAUCACGGACGCGUUAUGCUCGUUUCAAAGCAGAUGCUAUUGGUCAGGAACUCUUCGAAUAGUUUUCUCUAUUCCGUUCUUUCUGGUUUGCUGGUGUGUCGUGUUKGGUUGCUACGAUGUUCAAUGAGCGUAACACAGAAGAUACCGGAUGUGAGAUAGAUAAUGAUGAUGUUUUUGUUUCACAGUGUUUCGUUCUUCACUUCCGAUUUUUUAAAUGUUUCAAAAAAAGGGCCUUUUUCCUCUCCUUUUCGAUCGACGGACAGACUUCGAAAAGUCCAAACGCCAACGACGUCGUUUUUGUGCCUGCGAUGGAUUUUWUUCUGCCUGUGAUUUGAUCGAGUGAAACAACUAGACCGAGUUUGAUGCAGUUCACAAACGAGACAGUCAAAGAACCAAGAGAGCAACAAGUCACACGAGAUAGAAACGAAAUCCCAGAUCGAUAAUGAGCACUCCUGGCGCAACCAUGCAAACCGGCAGCGGGAUCAAUCCCGUKCCGAUUAUUCGUGGUGUCGAAUACAGAUGCGGUGAUUGYGGCGCAAAGAAUAUCAUCAAGGGGGGAGACCCCGUAAGAUGCCGUCAGUGUGGGUUCCGUAUCCUCUACAAGACACGAACAAAGAGAUGUGAGUUUGGUUUUCAGCGCAAAUAAUGAUUGAAUGCAUUACCMAGAAAUGAGUGGCAGAAUUUUUCAGAUGCUGUCGGCAUGCGAAAUCAGCCAGUCCAAUCUGGUCUUCUAUUUCCUACAUUGCGCAAAUACAAUUGCUGGGCCAGUUUGACUCUAACCGAUGGUAUAUCCUUUAAUUCUUUACUCCCUUUUUUUACACUCACACUUCGCUUGAUCCUUUUCAGUGAUUCAAUUYGAAGCAAGAUGAGUUGUGGGGAAUCGUACGUAGGAUAACAUGACGGUGUUGUAUUUUUGUAUUGACCACAGAAUGGUGUACUAGGAAGUGAUAUACUAGACCAGAGAAAUAUAAKAGAGAUUCAUGGGAAAACUGCAGGGAAGAAAGUAGUAUGUGCGAAUCAAAGAUUUAUCAAAAUCAAUUUCCAGUCUGUACGGUAGAUGAAGUACAGUGACUUAUUUUGUCAUUUAAACAGUCAUAAGGGUAGCUGCAUAAGUGCUUAAGCGAUAUAAAUAUAGAAAACGCUG